GGGAAUUUUCUAAAAUUUAUUGUGCUGCUAAUGCACACCACCACUAAUUACAUCAGUUACAAUUGUAUUUCAUGGUUUUGAAAUAAUUUUUCUAUUUUUACAUUUUCUCAUAACUUGUCUCUUUACAUCACUAUUAUUAUUACUUUUUGCGUCUUUCCCUGUUACUGUUUUCCCGAAGUUUUGGGAGUGAUUCGUCUUUGAGAUGUCUUAAAUUAACACAUCAAGAAUAACUUUCUUUAAUUAAGAUUUUAACAUGGAAACAAUUUGUAGGUGUAAGACAAAAAUAUUAACGUCUAAUAAAAAAAGAAGUAGCAGACACCACACAGAAACCUCAUAGUCCUACUUUAUACCUGUAAUUAAGAUAAAUUUUAUGCUGCUUUAUUUUUACGUGUCCUUGUCAAUAGACACUUCUGUUUAUACUUUAUAAAUGUCUUCGAAAUUACCGAAACAUGUUUUGCCAUUUAGAAAAUUUAUGCUUUCUCGACAAACCUUGAGUUUGUAUCGUGACAUUUUAAAAGUGAUUCGUCAAGUUUCUAAUUCUGACCAUCGAAACCAGUUGAAAGAGUGGGCUCGGCAAGACUUCAAGAAAAACAAGCAUGAAAAGGAAGAGGAGGUGAUCAAGAUGUUACAUACUAGAGGAAGACUGGCACUGAAGGAACUCGAGAGUGCUUUAAAACUUGCUCAGUAAACUGAAAGAAUAAAUAGUAUGAAUUUAUGAAGUUGAAAACUCUUGGAACUUAGCAGAAGAAGUUGUGUGAAGAGUAAUAAAUAAUUAGCACCAAAUAAAAUGCAGAGAUAAAAGUAGUUCAAUGUUUUGUAAAGUAAAAUUCCCAGCACAAUGUGAAAAUAUAUUUAUUAGUAUACCUCAUUUUAUCUCACAGUAAUGUAAAUUAAUUACUUAUAAAUAUAAUUUUAUUUUUAUUUAUUUUACAAAUAUUUUUUUGUCUAUUGUAUUCUUUAUUGGUAUUUUCUCAAAAACAAUAUAUUUUUCAUUUAGACAUGGUAGUGACUCCAACCAAAUUAGAAGGAUGGAAUAACACUGCUGUUGACUCUGUUUACAGGACAUAAAUUUUGUCAAAAUCUGGAGUGUUUCAAUAGCUUUUUCAAGUACUGGAAUGGCACAAUUCAUAUGUUUCUGAACAGAUAUAAACUCUGUAAGGUUGAAUAUUAGUUUGGUAGUUUCAAUGUGAAUUGCUCUCCAUAGCCACUAGGUUAAAAAGUGAUGACUUAAGAGGCACAUGAAAAAUCUGAAGUUAGAGAAUGGUGUGAUUUAAGAAGCUGCAUCUGUGUUAAUAAUAGCUCACACUGACAGCUGGGAUUGUACUGUUGGAUAUUUUAUUUCUCAAAUUGGUGGCACUCAAGUUCAUAACUUGCAAAAAUCAAUUUUUAUGUAAAAAGAAUAAUAAAUUUUUAUUAAAUUUGG